UGGUUUGAAGUUAAGUUUGAAUAUUUGAAUUAUUUUGCAGAUUUUUGAAUGCUUUUGAGCUCUCUGCCAUGGUUUUAUUAUUUUAACUAAUGACUACAAAUUAGUGUUUCAAUUUAGAAAUACUUGUUGAAAUGAAGGAGAUGGAUUUAAUAAACGAACUUCUAAAUGCAGAAAGUUGCAAUUCUAUGCAUUGUUUCAUGAAUCUGCUACAUAAAUACUAUGCCGAAAAGCCUGUUAUACCGUCUCAAAAUUUAACAUCAGAUCUGAUUGAUAAAGAGUUAAUUGAUGAGAUUGAGUGGAUUUCACGGAAUAUAUCAGUGUCUUUUGGCAAAUCAUUAAAAGAUCUCAAAUGUUGUUUGAUGGAUGAGGAAGAUCUAAGAGAACAUGAAAUAUAUCUGAGAUACAAAAGUCACCAUAAACUUACCAUAACUGAUGUUAAACUUCCAUAUUCACCACAUCAAGAUAGAGAGUAUUCGUCUAUUAAUGAAGUUGUAACAGUAUUUAGGAACUACAUUGAAAGUUUAACAGCAUACUUCCAAGAAUUGGAAAAUAUUGAUAAACACUGCACUGUGGUAGAACCUUUAAAACCUACUUUCAAAGAUGACUAUAGAAGAAUAUUACUUGAUUGCAGGACUCAGUUACACAUUGAAGUGACUCCUGUUGGCUCAGCCCGAAACAUCCAUUUAAUCGGACAGUCUGGACCACUGAAUGAUAAACUACAUACUGGAUUACUAACCUGGGACCAUGAUAGAAAUAUAGUUGAAAACAUUAACUGUAUAUUUGAUCUGGAUAACAUUCCUCAAAAUCAAGAUACUUAUGCAGAACAAUUAGAUAAUAAAGUGGAGGGGCCUUCUUGUAAUAUUUGUUUUUGUGUUCAUUUAGCAGAAUGUCAAGGGCUUCCUCAGCCACUGUGUCAAAAUCCUAAAUGUGAUGUAUACUAUCAUAAAUAUUGUUUAUUUCAGUGGUUAGUGGCAUGUGAGGGAGGACGACCACCUGCGUUUGGAGUAGCUUAUGGCAGUUGUCCAACUUGUCUUCAACCAAUUUCGUGUAGUGAAUCAUAAUGUGUUUAAUUAAUAAAAACUUGCCAGUAAAAUGUUUCUUUUAUAUAACUAUUAAUAUUUUGUUUUAUUUAAGACUUGUAUUUAAAGCCCUCAUAGGUUUACAAGGUAAUACUUUUCUUCAUCAAUAUCCCACGUGAAAAAGUUACUACAAUAAUUGUGAUAAUAUACAUUUCUGUUAACUGUAAGUUCAGUUAAUUUAAAAUAUAAUGAAGUAACUGCCGAA